AGUUUUUGCCAACUGCAUCCAGGCAGUGGGAAAGAUUGGUUGUUUGGGCUUCGACAUGGACUACUUUCUGGCUGCCUACAAAUCCCCAUCCUAUGAGGCUCUGGCCUUCAAGUUGUUGCUGGAACACCUGGUGUGCAUUGGCCCACAUGAGGUCCUGCACUAUACCUAUGAUGCCACCUUUCCUACCAGGGGAUUGCUGUUUGAUGUGCUCUGUGGGAAGCUGCUGAAAGUAGAUGACCAUGAGAAUGUGCUGUUGGGCAUCCUCUCAGAGAGGAAGGGGGAGAGGGAGGGAAACACAGCUCUGCAUACUGGAAAAGCUAUAGGGGGACCAGGAGAAGGAGUGACUCAGACACAUUGUAAAAGAUCCACAAAUGCCAGCCCGGACAGAGGAAGAGACUGGAGCUUCUACCACAGCAAGUUCAUUCAGAGGGAUGAUGUACAGUUCCACAUCCUCAACAUGCUCUUCAACCUUCCUGGUGAGAGCUUGACAGAGGCCUGCCUAGUGGACUUCUCCAAUGGCUCUGAUACACCCUGUGACACUGGUUAUCAGCAUGGAACCCUCUUCAUGUCCUUCUGAGGCCUCUUCCAGGAUGUGACUGAGGCCAUGAAUAAAAUUUGCCAGUCAGUGAAAGAAACCCUGGAAAACUUGGAGAAGUAUGUGGAGAAGGAUGACUCAGGGAAGCACCAUGUGGGCACCUACAUGGGGCUCUGUGCUAUCUACUUUGGGGGCUCAUCAGACAUGGUGUGCAAGCUGCUUGGGGUGAGGGGCAAGGACAUCUCAAUGGGAGAUCACAUCUUGGAGGACAUUGUCAAGUCCAAGAAACAGCAAGGUUGGAGGACCUACUUGGUGGUUCCUGAUCUGUCCUGAGAGCUGAGCACCUGGGCAGUUCCAAUGGGUGACACAAGCUGGUACUCUGUCCACCUUUCAAUGCACUCAGUGCAUCUGAAGAGGCUGGACACACACCUGGCAUAUCUGUAUCAGCACAUAGAUGGGAGCACUUGCUGGUCAUAGGUCAUCAGCUCCACCAAUAAGGAGAUUCAGGUAAAAACUGUGCAGUGA